AUGGCGCCUUAUGCUGUGGUUGGCGCAUGUUCGGCCGCCACAUAUGGUCGUGAAGAGACGAUAGAAAUUCUCGGAAAACGCCUAGAGGCGGGUGAUACACUUCUGAAGGUGGCGUAUUGCGCGAAACACUACGGAGUCGCCCUGUUCAGAAGUGGUUGUUUGAUAUUGUUGGCCCCGGGGUCCCCCGAAUAUCACGGAAGCACCGUGCAAAAUGGGGAGGAUAACGUUAAGGAUGUUGCAGCCGGUGACACACACAUCGUCUUUUGCAAGGAAGACGGAACUGUGCAUUCAUUUGGUUACAGUAACAUUUAUGGGCAGUUGGGCGACGGCAGUGUGUGGACCAGUCACAAAGCGGAAGGUGGCGAAGACAGUGACGACAGGGUUCCAGCACUUUCUGCCCCGAAGAUGAUCAGUGGCUUCGGUAACGGUAGUUACGAUGUCGAUGGAGGAGACGUGAUUGAAGGUAGGCGCCUUUGUGUGCCAAUUACUGCUGUGUCUUGCGGAUCCCAUCACACGUUGCUGAUGACAAGGAAGUGCAACGCGGUGUACGGUUGUGGCCUUGGUCUGAGUGGCCAACUGGGUGGGAAGCGAAAACCCCCAUUACAGGCGUCGUUCAAAUCUAUCCGCCUCCUUUUCGGACUGCCGAUAAGGCAAAUCGCCGCGGCGGGGAAUCACUCCUUCGUGUUACUGCAAACUGGAAAACUACUGGCCUUCGGAGACAAUACCAGCGGGCAACUCGGCCUCGGCUCCACGAAAGCUGUUGGUACACCAACCCCCGUUACUAUCCGUUCCGUUUCACCUCAACCAAGGGGGAAUGAAAAUUUGGAUUCGUAUGCUAUCAAAACGCUGAGGGCCGCUUGGGGGUCAGCGGAAAGCAUGUAUUUUCCGCUUCGUGUAGAGCGUAUAAGUCCGGAACUGGGGCCAGGAGAAGCACGCAUUGUGUCGAUCUGGUGCUCGGCCAAUCGUUCAGUCUUGCUCACAAGCGACAUGGACUGGCUAUCGUGCGGCCUUCCUAUUUCUCGAAGUCGUUGCAUUGGUGAUGGUCAGCAACAGAGGAUGGAUAGGUACGGAGCACUCGGCCGUUGGAUAAAGGACAAACGAGAGUCCACUUGGUUUGGGAAAAUGCGGUGGUCAGAGAGGUUGGGGGUGGCCAUCAAGACCACCUUUCCGUCGCUUGCAGGAGAUGCUUUGCUCGAAGCCGCGCGAAGUGAGGUCCGACUAGUUUGCUUUAAUCACUUCGUGGUUCUUCUCAUCCCAGGAAAGGACGCAUCAAAUAAGUCCCUUCUUUUUCUUCAGGGUGAGGGCCAAAGCGUCGAGGCUGUUCAGGGCGGUGAGCGUUUGUCCGUUGCUGCCGUCGCGCGUGCGGAUAAGCUUCUCCAAGACCGCGAAGUUGACGAUGACUCCUGCGAGUACGCUCUUUCAGGGGGGCAUGCGAUCGUCGCUACCGACCACUUUUUAGCUGUUAUUUGA